AUGACGUCCCUCAAUCUGGAACUUCUGUUGAAUCCCUCAGUGAGAAUUGUGAAAUUUACUGCCAGCAAGGGCUGGUUUGAAAAAUUCAAGAAAAGGUUCAACUUGGCCAGUGUGAACCUGCAUGGAGAAGCUGCCUCCGCAGCCAAGAAAUAUGUCGCCGACACGUUCAAGGCGAUCAUUAAGGAAGGCGGAUAUCAGCCUGAAACUGUGUUUAAUAUGGAUGAGAUGGCCCUAUUUUGGAAGCGGAUGCCGUCUCGUACUUUUAUCAUGAAGGAUGAGGCAAAAGCCCUGGGGUUUAAGGCUCACAAAGAUCGCAUCACGUUGGUCAUGUGUGGCAAUGCUGCAGGCUUUAUGAUAAAGCCUGGGCUCAUUUAUAAGUCCAAAAACCCCCGGGCCCUGAAAAAUAAGAAUAAGAACCUGCUGCCUGAUUACUGGAUGCACAACCCGAAGGCCUGGAUUAUGAAAUGCCUAACGUCGGAUUGGUUUCACCAAUGUUUCAUCUUGGAGGUAAAGAUCUAUCUGGCAGUGAAUGGGCUGGAGAUCAAAGUCAUUUUACUUCUGGACAAUGCUGGAGGUCAUCCCUUGGAUCUAUCCUACCAAGGUGUAAAAAUAGAGUUCUUGUUGCCGAAUAUGAUGUCACUGAUUCAGCCAAUAAAUCAAGGAGUUAUCCGGGUUUUCAAGGCAUUGUACACCAGGAAAAGCCUGCAACACAUGGUCGAGGCAAUGGACAUGGACGAUGACUUUUCCCCGAAGGAGUACUGGCGUAAGUAUAUGAUCACAUCGUGUAUGGUGAACGUGCAAAAGGCCCUUAACAAUAUGAAGAAAGAGACGGUUAAUGUCUGCUGUAAGAAAUUGUGGCCAGAAGUUGUGCACAACAAUAAGGGCUUUUCUGCAGAAGAAAUUCAUCACUCAGCAGUUGACCAGGCAGUCAGGCUGGCAAAACUUCUAGGAGUAGAAGGAUUCGACGACAUGACUUUUGAUGAUGUCAAUGAGCUGCUUGAUGCCCACUUCAAGCCGCUGAGCGACGAAGAUUUGGCCGAGAUGACCAAGUCAGCGAGUGAGGAAGAACAAGAGAACCCAGCACAGGAAGAAGACGACUCCGGCCUAACUCUCAAGCAUCUCGCAACCAUUCUACGAAUGGCAAAAGAUCUUUAG